AUGGCUGGUUUUCUACUUGCUGCUCUGGCCAUUGCUCUAUUCUUCUCUCCUCCUGCAUCUAGUGCUAGUGAGGAUGAGCCAGUUCCUCUUGUAAUAUGGUCUGGAAUGGGUGACAGUUGUUGCUAUGAAUAUGGUGCUUAUCAGUUUAAAGUUGUCCUGGAACGUCUUAUACCAGGCAUAUAUAUCAAAAUGGUAGCUUUUGGAAAGACUCCUACAGAGGAUUCAUACAACAGUUUCUUUCUCAAUUCUAAUAAACAGGUUGAACUAGCUUGUGAUUUACUAUCAUCAGAUGAGAUGUUAGCUAAUGGUUUCAAUGCAAUGGGUUUCUCCCAGGGAUCACAAUUCCUACGUGCACUAGUCCAGAGAUGUGGCUCUAUAAAGAUAUACAAUUUGAUAUCACUGGGUGGACAGCAUAAUGGGGUUUAUGGUUUUCCGUUUUGCCCAGGAAGCAGUAGCAUAUUGUGCCAUUUGUUUAGAAGAUUCUUAGGAAUGGGAACAUAUUUAUCAUUUAUACAAGACAACUUAGUCCAAGCACAGUACUGGCAUGAUCCUUAUGAUGAAGAAUCUUAUGCUCUUGAUUGUGAAUUUUUAUCUGACAUUAAUCAAGAACUAGUCUUCAAACCAUCUUAUAAAGAAAGAUUUUCCAAUAUUAGUAACUUUGUACUAGUCAAGUUUGAAUACGACAUGAUGGUGGAACCAAAAGAAACUGAGUGGUUUGGUUUUUACAAAGAGCAUCAGUCAGUAGAAACUUAUUCAAUGUUUGAAAGCAAAAUAUACAGAAGAGAUCUAAUUGGUCUGCAGUAUCUUAACAAGACAGAAAGAAUUCAUUUCCUUAGUUAUCCAGGGGGUCAUCUUCAGUUUAGUUUUGAGUGGUUCAAAUCAAACAUAUUUCCAUAUAUUAACAGAACAUUUGAUAAUGUUAGAUCACCAUUAAAGCUGUAAUUCACAAUACUGCACCUUGGUUCCAUCAUUUUUUACAAAUAAUA